CGAGCUCACCCUCUCCUCACUGCCAGUUGCUCUUGUAUGUAACAAGUUUAAAGCAAGGACAUGUUGUUAAAAGCACAGACUGCAUAAGAAAGAGCAGAGUUUCCCUGCUGUAUUGUAGACGGGUUAUAUCCAUACAAGACUUCUGUGUGUGUCUGUACACCAGGAUGUUUACUAGGAGUAAUAAUAUCAGAUAUAUACUGAGUCUUGUGCCGGGUAAACGUCUUGGGACGUACCGGUUUCUCCCCAUCUUCUUCUGCAUAGGAGGCGUCAUGGAGUGGAUCAUGAUCAACGUGAGGAUAGGACACGAGACUUUCUAUGAUGUCUACCGAAGAAAGCAAUCAGAACGGGGUUACCAGCAGAAGAUAGCAGACGGCUUGAUAGCUCCCAAUGAGCCUGCAGCCAAGUGAACGAUGAUCGGAUUUAAUGUGGACUUUACGUGUCGUCUAAGGACACAUUCCUUGGACUCUCGCUCCCUUACUAGUUUCCAACAGGCUGGAAUGGACUUCAUAGCGUGUUACAACAACCGUUUCGCAAUUAUGAAGGAGUCAAGAGUGAAAGACUGAUGGAGAAACAUGCAAGUUUAUUGUUAAUAUGAUCUUCAGUUGAAGAAACAUUAGCCGUUAUAAAACCACUGGUGUCAGCUCAAAUGAAACAAUGAAAUAAUCUCAUAUUGAUUUGAAUUAUAAAAACAUUGCAUAGCACCUGCCAAGACAAAACAGUCUCAACCAAAUUUGAACAAAAGAAAAAAAUACAGAGAUGUCUUACCUUUGUUU